UUUUUUUUUUUUUUAAUAGUUUUAGUAGAAAUAGAUUUCGUGGGGCCCUUAUGUUAUUAAAAUGAUAACUAAUUAGGAUUAGUCAACUAUUAUUAAUGUUUAGAAAUAGACUCUAGUUUUAAGGCACUGUAACGGUCUUUUCGCAUAUCUCUAAUUUUGUAGAAGUAACAUAAAAACAUGAUAAGUGAACGUAAAACUACAUAGUUGGUGUAAAAACUAUUUAUACAGUAUUGGACAUAUGGUGUAAAAACAUAUGGUCUAAGUAACCUAAUAUGGAAUGAAACAUCUCCAAUGUAUAGGAAAACCAAAAAAAAAAGGUGAAUAAGAAAAAGGUAAGGAAAAUUGAAGGGUAAUCAGCUGUUAAAAAAAGUGAAUAAGAAAAAGGUAAGGAAAAUUGAAAUGAGGUAAUCAGCUGUUAAAAUAAUAAAUUACGAAGCCUCUUUUUUUUUGGGAUUCGAUAAUAAUAAAUAUUAUCGUCGAUACUGCUUUAUUAUUCUAUUUCCUUUAUGUGGUUUAUUCAUUAUUGUAUUUCUUUUCGUGACUUUGCGUUUCUUGAGCCGAUGGUCUAUUAGAAACAGUCUCUCCACCUUUACAAAGUAGGAGUAAGGUCAGUGGCGGAUGUAGUAUAGUAUCACCGGAUUCAACUGAACCCAUAAAUUUUUAUGCGGAGUAAAAAUUUCAUGUGUAAAAAUUUAUUAAAAUUAUAAAAUAGUAGAUAUGAACCCAUAACUUUAAAAUAUAAUGGGUUCAAUGCUAAAAACUUUAAAAGUUAAACCUAUAAGAUAUAAAUCUUGGAUCCGCAUUUGAGUAAGAUUGCGUAUACACUACCCUCCGCAAAUUAUACUUGUUGAAUUAUACUGGAUCUGUUGUCGGUGGAUUCGAUAAUUAUAUUAGAUGGUCUGUCGUUUUAUGUCUAGUCAAAUUGAGUAGCGUUAAAUUAAAAAUUUGUAUUUUGACGUGGAGGUUCGCCAUCAGGAUUCAGAUAGGAAGUUUAUUAUGUGGGCAGGAAGAAUUUGAUCAAAACUUCAAUUCUCCGCCAUGUGGACAGAGGGUGAAUCUUUUGGUACAUCAUACUCCCUCCGUUUACUUUUUUAUUUGGCCUGCAAAGUCAAGUAUGAAGAUUUGCAAAAGCGCUACUCUGGCUGCAAUGCUUGGUUUGAAGAGCUACGAAAACGACGAGUUGAAGAACUGAAGCGAGAAUUGCAGAAAUCUGAAUGCUCAAUUGGGUCUCUCCUCACAAAGAUUGAAAGCCUUAAGGCAGAGAGAGAACGGUCUGCUCAGAUAGAUUAUGGUUCUUGUCACACUGAAUCGCCCGCUGCUGUUGUAAAGUCAGAAUACAUGGAAUCUUUUGGCAACGACGGUGUAUCUGCUGGCAGCUUCACACUAGAUACCAGGACCAAGUUUUCACCCGAGUUUGAGAGUCCUGCUAUAGCCUCGACUAAAGAGAUAGAUCGAAAGCUAGAAUGGUCGGAGUCUUGUGAGCCAGCAGAGACUGCCAAUGGAAAUGGAGGAGUUUUGAGGAAGAGAAGAAGUAAGAGAAAAAGGAAAGAUGCUGUUUUAGAUAGCAAAGAAGUGAGCGUUGGUGAAAGUGACAAUGUGUGUUCAAUCAGUGACAUCUCUACUUCCCACUGUAAAGAAACAUCAACCAGUUGCGACCAAAGUAUUAAGCCUACCACCACAGAUGAUAGUAAAGGAGGAUUAUCUAGAUUGAGGGACGACGAUGAUUUGAUGGCAAUUUUCAAUUCUAUUACACAGACCGAAGUUGCUAUGAUCUUUAGGCAUCGUCACGAUAGUCAAAAGAGAGCUAGAUACAAGAAUAUUAUCAGGCAGCAUGUGGAUAUUGAAACAGUAAGAUUAAGAAUAGCCAAUGGUUCCAUCAAAUCAGCAGGUGAGCUUUUCAGAGAUUUACUUUUGUUAACAACCAAUGCCAUUGUAUAUUAUUCGAAAAGGACGAGAGAAUACAAGUCAGCGAUGACCCUCAGGGACAUUGUCACUAAAGCAUAUAGAGACCAUUAUAAGUUCUCUUACCACAAAGCUACUUCUGCCCUGCUCACAUUCUCGACGAUAGGUAAUCUGCCUGUGAAGCCAAGAAGUGCUCGUCCUCGCCCCUCCAAAGACAAACUUCAAGCCAAGUCUUGCGACAAUGUAAAUAGUAUUGCAGGGACUGUAGGAAGAGAUGAUCAUAAACCAAGUGAUGCUGAUUCUGAGGUUCCAUUGCAGUCAUUAUUAGCUGCUACUAAAGGCUUCAAGCGACGUGGAAAGUUCAACUGUGGAUCAGUUGAUGGAUCUGUUAAUCGAAUAACUAAAGUAGCAGAAAAGAAAGAUACAGGAGCUAAAACUAAGAUAGAGGACCAUCAUUCUGAGAUGGUUACAAAGGAAAGAAAAAGAGCCUGUAAAGGUGAUUUGCAGGUUGCAUAGUCCUUUUUUUGUGUGCAUGAACUCGUCUUUUUUAACCUUCUAUUUUGCAUGGCCAUUUUGCAAAUGGACUCCAUUUGUGAAAUUCAGUUCAAGUGGAAUCUAUUGAAGCUGACAAGUUGUGAAUAAUUAGUUCUUGUUAUAAAAUAAAGACUGUAAAGUAAAGACACAUAUAGAGGGAGAUUGAUAUUUUUAUUCAA